GUGGUACCACAACAGUCAGGAGCUGCAGAACCAGACCUCCAGAACCCUCACACUCUACAAGAUCUCUCGCAAGCUUCACGAAGACGCCAUAUCGUGCGAGGUGUCGAACAAGGUGGGCACGUCGAAGAAGACCCAGACUGUACACGUACAGUACGGCCCCAUGUUCCGGUCCUUGCCACGUGACGUGAUGGCGGAGACGGGCAAGGAAGUUCUCCUCAAGUGUGACGUCGACGCCAACCCGCCCUCGACCAUCGUCUGGCUCCAGGAGGGCUCUGACAAGGUCAUCGGGUCUGGGCGCGAGCUGGUGGUGGUGGUCGGGGCGUCGACGGCCGGCGUGUACACCUGCGUGGCCAGCGUCAGGGGCUUCCCGGACCUGCAGGGGCGGCUGAGGGUGCUGGUGAAGGGUCCUCCGACCAUCGUGAGCGCCGGGGAGCAGCAGGGGAGGAUGGGCGACACUGUUACUCUCGAGUGCAGUACCGUCUCUAUCCCCAGUCCUAUCCGCAUCACCUGGACCUAUAAUGGAAGGGAGAUCGAUUUCAGUGACCCUCGCUACGACGUGGUCCAGGACGAGCAGGAGGAAGGCCUGAGGAACAUCCUGGUGAUCCACGACGCCGACUCUCAAGACUUUGGUGCCUACAACUGCUCGGUGGUGAAUGAGUACGGAGUCGCCAGGAAGCAGAUCAGACUCAACAAGGAGAAGACGGUGCCUGUGCUGCUGCUGGUCGGGGGCGUGGUGGCCCUGGUGGUCGUGGCCGUGGUCGUCGCCUCCCUCGUGUUAUGCAACAAACGACACACCACGAUCAAAGAGCGGACCCAUCGCUUGCGUGGGAGUGUUUACGAUUACCUUGGGCGUCGAACGGUCAGGUUUAGCAAAGGUUCCCCAGUGCCUGAGAAGCCCGUGGCCCUGACAGUGGUGCCAGGGCCACAGGUCGCCAACAUGUACUCGGCUGCCUCAGACACGAAGCUCUCAGAGGACCUGACGCCAGCCACCACGCCCUCACACCCGACCUUCGAGCAGCUCACGCCCACGGACCAGGCUAAGGUCAGAGUCGCUCACGCGCUGAAUCGGCUGAGUGGCGACUCCGGACAGACCUUCAUACCUGAUCCUGACAGUGAAGGGGGCAGAGGCUACGUGCCCUUCGUGGACUACAGCGGCAGGGACUAUGCUCCAGUACCCAAUGGUCGACGUGCCUCCUUCAGCGACCUGGGGCCAUACACUCACCCGGGUCCUCCGACUUCGAUUUCCUCCGCCACGACUGACUUCUGCACCAUCAGGAGAGGGACGAGAGGCAGCGACCUGGCGGCUGAGAACGGCAGAAGCCUGCUGGCCUCUCCUAACUACCACGACACCUCGAGUUUGCGUCACAACGGCAACGCCCACACACUUUCCCGCCAUUCUGCGUACUCAACCGGCCGCGCCACGACCUACGGCUCUCCGCCGCCUCCACCAUACCCUAAGAACCCUAAAAUAGGGUCCCCACGAGGGGCCCCCUCUCCCACGGGGCCCCAAGCCCUAACACUCCCUAAUUCCAUCGUGCACACCGACGAACACGGGUCACCCGAGGCGAAGUAUAUCUUUUCUCCUGAAGCCAUGAUGAAGCCAGGCACUCUGGUGUGACCCGAGCUUCUUCCUUGUCUUGACGGGAGCUGAGACAUCGCUGAGAGCCGGGAGUUCGCCCUCCUGCUCCGCCACUCUCAGCGCUCUCAGGAGAACCCUUCACCUGGGCUUUUAGAUACUUGUGGAGGUGUACAUUAGUAAACUCCGAGUGUGGUCCUGAAGUACAGCUUAAUGACUCCCCCCUUUUCCGUCUGUUAGAGCCGCAACCUCUGUGGAGCUUCCACCCUCUCUGUGGAGCCUCCAUCCUCUCUGUGGAGCCUCCACCCUCUCUGUGGAGCCUCCACCCUCUCUGUGGGGUCCCGCGGAGGCUACUGACAUGACAUUCAGUGCGUCAUCAAAGUGGGGUAACCUCAGUGGUGCUUCGAAAAGAGGCAGUCGAGGUGCGUGUGGACUGUAGUUGGUCUCAUUACCCGCCGCCAUCACUCUCGGGGACUCUGACCGCUGCCAUUAUGGCCGCCAAACGCUAGUAAGUGCACUCCUGCUUCGCUUCGUAUUCCAAAAGAGUCUUAGACGAUUUUAUUGAUAAUGAAAUGGUUCUUAUCCUGAAUUUUGAAUUCAGAACAGCAAAGGAGUGACUGUGUGUGUGUGUGUGUGUGUGUGUGUGUGUGUGUGUGUGUGUGUGUGUGUGUGUGUGUGUGUGUGUGUGUGUGUGUGCGUGCGUGUGCUCACACUGCUCUCAGUUGCCAGCGGAAAAUGAGAGAAUGUAGUCUUUUUCACCGACCUAUGUAGUGAUUGCCAAAAGGGUACAUGAACAGACUUUUAUCUUAGAGGUGAUUGCACCUGCAGAUCACUUCCUAACUACCCCCAGACGUUGAUGUGGUGACAAGGCGAACUUACCACACGGGCUCCUUAUCCUUUUCCUUAACGAGCCGGUAAGCACUGUGGCAUUAAUACACAAGUUAACAGUUUACUGAUCACAAACCCGAAACUCGCCGGGCGGCGCGCGCGCACAUGUUCUGAAUAGCAGCUGGUCAUUGUUAGCGUCAACAACAGCUGGACAUUAAUGAGACAAUAGAUGGAGAUGUUUCUCAGUGUGACAGAACACAGAUACAAAACACAGUAGAACGAAAAUUUGUAUAAUUCCUUUUUUUCUGAUUUGUCCUGCGCUUGAUAAGUCUAGUAACCUAGAGUCAGGGAGUUAAUCUAUUAGGUGACUGAGGCCUCCAAACACCCGUGAUUGACCUUGCACCAGGAAGCCACCCACAAUAGUUGCCUACCUCCAGGUACCUAUUUACUGUUGGAUGAACAGAGGCAUCGGGUGUAAGGAAUUGUCUUCAGACGUGUCUCUUUCUUGGUGCGGAAUCCCACACUCGGAAACCUUUUGUAUGUGAACCUUGUUGCAAGGAGACAGACAGACAUACAGCCUCAAUCACCUUCACGAAGGUGGUCCAACACCCACCUGGUGGGUGAAGAUGACCCAGGGGUCACGGGGGGGGGGGGCGUAGCCCCUGGGUAACUACCCAAUAACAACUCUAACAGUUUUCGCUCCAUCCUCGAGGCCGGGAGCCCAGCUUCACCUCGUCUCCUCAGCCCUAACAGAAUUUGCUUUUCCAAUUUGAGCUCGACAAUAAUAGUCUCCUUGUUCGCGGAGACAAUUAAAGAGGCAAGACGGUCGUGCCAAGAUAGACAAUUACACUGUCGACGACUACAAGAUGGUUGUUAGACUGUGAAAGCAACUCAAGUUACCCCAGCUGGAGCUCCGAGAGGAAAUUCAAAUUAAGUUUCGAUAAAAGUGAACUUGCGUACGACGAACUUGACAACGAUCUCGUGAGAGGUUGUCGAGGACACCCUGGGGUCUUGAUAUGGUUGUCGAGGACACCCUGGGGUCUUGAUAUGGUUGUCGAGGACACCCUGGGGUCUUGAUGUGGUUGUCGAGGACACCCUGGGGUCUUGAUAGAAGUUGUCGAGGACACCCUGGGGUCUUGAAGAGGUUGUCGAGGACACCCUGGGGUCUUGAUAUGGUUGUCGAGGACACCCUGGGGUCUUCAUGUGGUUGUCGAGGACACCCUGGGGUCUUCAUGUGGUUGUCGAGGACACCCUGGGGUCUUCAUGUGGUUGUCGAGGACACCCCUGGGGUCUUGAAGAAGUUGUCGAGGACACCCUGGGGUCUUGAAGAGGUUGUCGAGGACACCCUGGGGUCUUGAAGAGGUUGUCGAGGACACCCUGGGGUCUUGAUGUGGUUGUCUAGGACACCCUGGGAUCUUGAAGAGAUUGUUGAGGACACCCUGGGGUCUUGAAGAGGUUGUCGAGGACACCCUGGGGUCUUGAAGAGGUUGUCUAUGACACCCUGGGGUCUUGAUGUGGUUGUCUAGGACACCCUGGGGUCUUGAUGUGGUUGUCUAGGACACCCUGGGGUCUUGAUGUGGUUGUCGAGGACAUCUUGGACACAGACGAGGGGGGGAGGGCGGUAUAAGGGCCGUAAGUCCUUGGGUGACAAGUCGUUGUCUGUCGAGCAAGAUGCUCGACAGGGGAAAAUCCUGUCAUCUGUCCAACUCUCACAACUCUGCCUUUUCUUGUGGAGGUCUUUAUAGGGGAAACAAUUGACCAAUUACUCAGUUAAUGGACUGUUAGGCACGCUUCAAUUAGCUCCUUCUAAGGGCUCGUUCAGAACUUGGCACUCUCGCUGCAGGCCAGUAGUCUCCUUCCAUUCUUGAAGGACUUUCAGAAGUUUCUCAUUUAGAUUCUCAUCAUUUUUGUUUAUCUCCUUCUUCCUUGUCUCUCUUCUUUAAUUAAUUUUUCCUCUAGCAUUCACUUCAUGAGCUUCUCUCAUACGACUCUUGUACUUAGGCCCCCAGAGUUCGCUGUUGCUAGGGAGGUUAAACAGCUUUAUCUUAGAAGACGCUGAACAACAUUUAUGCGUCUGGGAUGUAAAUAAACUUUGAGCAGCGAUUACCUGAUCAACCAGGCUGUGACUCAUACGUCAGGCUGCGAGCAGCCGCGUCUAACAGCCUGGUUGAUCAGUCCAGCAACCAGGAGGCCUGGUCGACGACCGGGCCGCGGGGACACUAAGCCCCGGAAGCACCUCAAGGUAACCUCAAGGUAGCGUGCGUUACUGCUUCUGGGAGACCAAUGACUGAAAACUAACAAUAAAUUUCAAGAAUUUGUGAAAAAAAAUUCCUGGUCUAAAUUUGUGGGUAUUUACCGUUUAUUGUCAAAACAAAAGAUGGCUUUAGUUUUCCGUGCAGUGGGAGCCGGGAGGCCUGAUACGCUAACAGUAUUGCAAUAAUUCCCAUCCAAAUAUUCCUCGUGCGUUAAAAGCUGUCAUUCUAUCAAAUCUGGAGAGCGCAGUGUUUGCCCCGGCCAGCUGAUGGUAGCCACACACACACCCACACACACACACACACACACACACACACACACACACACACACACACACACACACACACACACACACACACACACACACACACA